AUGCACGAUUCCCAGGUGAUUGCCUCAAGGAUGUUGCGCUCCCAGCGUUACGUUGUGCUUUUGAUCUUCACGGCGUUGGUGACCUUCUUGAUCGUUACCUCGGCCUCGGCCCACUCAUACAUUAAGGAUUCGAACCUCGGUAAGUCUGUGGGCUUAUAUGUUGACACCGCUAAGGCAUGGGCAAAUUCGAAUGCUGCAGAUUCUUCGUCGUCUGAUUCUAAGCCCCUUGAACAGCAAGAUACCGAGAAGGCAGUGGACGGGGUUGAAUCCGCUGAUACCGAGGAAGACAAGGAGAAAAACGAAGGAAAGGAUAGCUCUGAGAAGUCUGUCAAGGACGACAAGAAGGUUGAGGCUGAAAAGCCAGACACCGAGACUGAAUCCACAAAGAAACUGGACAAAAGUCAUCCACAAGAAGUGGGCUCCUUCAAGGAGGACAAGAAAGAACCCUCAUGGAAACAAGCCGAUGGUGUUUCCUCCUAA